GUGCUGUAAAGGGUUAACUUUAUCUCACGAAUUUGAAACCUGCUCGCUUGCCAGCAGUAGUGCUGUGUGAGCUUGUCUGGGGUACAAAACGGCUGAGUCGUCCCUCGAAAAGCACUCGGGCAAAACUUUUUUGAAGGCAACUGCUUCCUUCAGUGGGUAAACCAGGGUCAAACGGGACUGGAUGUUUGUAGUACCAGGAAUGCCAUGGCUAACCAGAACAACGAGGAUUACUUUAGAUUCAACAGCAACGACUCAAAAACGUAUAUGGUGAUCCCGGCGGCCAAGCGAGGGGAUGGUACAUCUUCAAAGCUAUGGGUCGCCAUGGUGGUCACUGUAGUAAUUGUGCUACAGAUUGCGUCUACCACGGGGCUGUUCGUUUAUUUCAACAUGUCGAUUUCACAGACAAAAAACCAAGGUGUGACUGAGGAGCUUAAAUGCCUGAAACUCCUGAACAAGCUAGAAGAUACAAUCGCUGGAGGACAGAUCCCAGAGGAAGUGAGGGUGUUCAUGGAGCCCUGCAUGAAAGUGGCAGACAGCAUCAAGUCCUACAUAUCCAAGGUUACUGAAAAUGCCAUCAGGAGACAUGUACUUCAAGAAGCAAGAAAUAUUCCAAGGAGUUUCAACACAUCGGAUGUUCAGUUUGUGAGCGAAGUCACCCAAAGACCUUCCGCACACCUUUCUCUGAGGGAUGCCAGCCAUCAACCACACGAUGAAUCCCAGAGCAACGACUUGCACCAGUCUUGCCGUCACCCCAUCAGAAACUGGGACACCGGCAGCUUCGGGUCGCACAUCCACAACAUGAGCCUGAGCGAGGGGUGGCUGAAAGUGCCCCGGGACGGCCGCUACUACCUGUACUCUCAGGUCUACUUCCGCUACCCCUCGGACUCCUCCCUGGACCCCCACAACGCAGCCCCGGAGAGCCACAGUAGCAGCAGCCACCAGCUCGUCCAGUGUGUCUACAAGAAGACGUCCUACCUGAAGCCCAUUCUGCUGCUGAAAGGUGUGGGCACCAAGUGCUGGGCGGAAGACGCAGAGUACGCCCUUCACUCUGUCUACCAGGGAGGGCUGUUUGAGCUGAGAUCAGGCGACGAGGUCUUUGUGUCGGUGUCGUCCAUGCCCAUGGUCUACGCCGACGAAACCUCCAGCUAUUUCGGGGCCUUCCGACUUGAUCUGUGAGCGUGACGGAUCGUAAAAUUAAUAUUGCAGAUGCAUGGAUCCUGUGCAGGUUGUUAAUGUGAAGGGAAGAGGGGGAGAACCAUUCUUAUGAAUUUGUCUUUAUUUUUCUGAAUCUUGCAUGUAUUCAGAAGAAACUUUAAAUCUUGUCCUGUUUACUCUUUGGACAUUAAACAUGCCACUGCCAUCUUUUGAAGAAAAGCAAAUCUUGUUGAUAACUCUGGCCUGGAUAAGAAAACAAGUCAAUAAUUCUUACCAUUCCCUGAGGUCACCACUAUAAAUGAGAACCUCUUUGCCCAACCUGAUUCAAACAGUACACAUUUGGUGGAACAUGCCCCACAGUUACUGCUGCUUCUUAUAUCCAAAUACGUUUUGACUGUUCCAUUUUAAAAUGGUAAAUGGGAUCUAAUGAUUCCUGGUCGCCUGAGCUUGAAUGUAGCUUUCUUCACAUAGUCAAGCGAUUUGAAAAAUCUUCAAUGGAUUAUCAGGCAAGGUAAAAAUGCACUACACAGUUUGGCACGGUAGUUACAAAGCAAAGGACAAACUAUCAGAAGAUACUAGUUUGGAAGCUCUUGCAUCACAACUGACCCACUCACUGAACCAGAUUCUGAUUGGCUCCCACCCCAACCAUCAAGUGGAGCAGAAACAGGAUCUUGACUGGGACCGAGACAGGACCAUCCUUUCAAUUCUGUAUGUUGGCACAGCAGUUUAUCCGAAACCUCUUUCGUGAUGGCAGACACCUGGAAUGUGGACCCUUCACCUUUCCAUAAAUCCUAGAAUAAUCCGAGUACUGACAAGAAAAAAGGGUUGGUUCAGCAGGUUGGUUGGGAAUGUGGGAGAAUACUAUGCCUUCACCCUUUUGAUUUUACUAUGGCCUAAGGCCUCACUGUAUAAAAUACAUACAUUGAAAAUGUAUUGAUUUAUAUUUCAGAUAUAGUUUAUUUGGCCUGACAUUAAAUAUAUAGUAAUUAUAUUCUGGAAUAUUUUCAUAUCCAUAGUUUGUUUUGAAAAAUGAAUUUUAGUGAUCAGCAAAUGUGUUUUAGAUAUAUUUCAUAGGUUUGAUAUUUUUUUUUUUUUUCAAAGAAGCUUAAGACCAUAUUUUAAAGAAAUGAGUGACGAUAAAUCCAUUACAGCCCUAUGCAUUUAUCAGGGAGCUAAUGCUUGUUAUUACGACCUGCAACUAAAGUUUGAAAACUUGAUAUCAAAAGACAUUAAGACCUUGCUGCAGGGCUAUAGAAUAGUUGUGCACACGCACACAAUGUGUACCAACGGAUUUGGUCGGGACUUGAAGAUUUUCUUCCAGCUAUAAUUUUCUGUGAGCAGACAGGAACAUUCUCAUGUCAGCAUCAGCAGCCGUCAGAAACCCCCUUCUGAGUUAUUUUUUGCACGGCGAAAUUAAUCUCUUCUCAGAUUCGAAGUGAAAUAUAAAUAUUAAGCCUAACCUAAAACUUUUGUCUUUUGUUAAUUUUAUAAAUGUAUAAUGAUUUGGUUCUAGAUGGUUUGGAGUUUCUGGCAGGGUUAGGCUGUACCUUGCCUUGCUGGUGCUACUAUUGACAUUUAAAAUCCUCUGUUAUAUUUGUGACAGUACUUCACUGCAGUUAUAGUCAUUCUACAGUUACAGUUACAGUGAUAGGGGACAAUGCAUCACUCCUGUGGAAAAUCUGAUUACUGUAACAAAAUUAGUUUAGUAAAUCAGAUUUAAUGUUCCAGUUGCACCCAGAAAAGAAACAAAGUAAAAGUGAUAUAAAUUGGAUGAAGUCUUGUGCGUAUCCCCAAAAACACACCGCUUAUGAUGUUUGUUAAAAUCGAUUUGCUUUAUUAAGUUUUAGAGAAGAAAAAUGUUGUUGUUUUUUUCCUUAAAAGAAGAGAACACAAAUACAUUUUCAGUUGUACUUUUGUAUAUAAACUUAGGACUGCUGUCCCGUAAGGUAACUCCAGUUGAUUUUUUUGGAUGCUGAAAAUCUUACACCGUACAUAUUUUUUUUCCCGAUUUAUAUAUUAUACUUUUUUGUUUUGCACAUCAAUGGCAUUUUUGCCAUCUCAUAUACUUCUGUGCAUACUAUAUCACAGGAAAUAGUGUUUUUUUUAAAUAGGUUAACAAGUGUAAUCUAUCCCAGAGAAAGAAUAUAAAGUUUAGAAUAGAACGCGUGAAAGUGUGCUGGAUGCAAAGGCCAUUGAAGGCCCCGCUGGUGAAGCUGUUUCAAUGCUUUUGUUUCUACAGCAUUUGAAUCCUGAAACUGUAAAAGGAUAGAAACAGGGGCUGGAUUGAUACGACGACGAACCGCAAAUGGCAUUGGUAUACAUGUUUUGUCUAACAGACAGAUUGUGAUAAUACUAUGCAAACACAUUUUACUAGUGAAAAACAGUAGGUUGUUUUAGUUGAAAUUCGGUCCAAGAUCAUCAGCCCUUCUUGUAGCGACUCAUGUUGUAAACUGCACACUGCUUGGUAAGAAGACUAAAGUAUUUUAAUAUCUGUAUCAUUUCUAAAAAAUGUAUUGUUUAAAAAUGCUGUUUAGAACUGCUAAGAUGAAUAUUUGUGAAAUCACAGCAUUUUAGGAUGAACUCUGUUACAGAUGCAUGGUUAUACUUGUUGAUGUUUUAAAAUAUAUGGAACAGGAUCCCUCCUGCAUUUAGCUUGGAAAAUUGUGUGCAAUAUCAACAGGUAUAUUUUAUUUGAAAACUUAAAAAAAAAGUUAAUCUCUCAAUUUUAGAAAUACUAAAAAGAAGCAUAAUACAUUCAAAUGACAAACGUUUCGACCAGAAGCCCUUUUUAUUGUCUUUAAAAUGGAAAUGUUUGUCACUGUAUUAAUUACAUUUUAGUUUGUAUUUCUAAAUCCAGCACUGUUGAGUAUUUUAUAGUUCUGGAUGAGUUCAUCUUCAAAACCACUGGUGCACAGUGUGGCUGUCAUUAUUUUGAAUAGGUGUGAGUGGGAAUCAUUGUUUUGGGGUUGGGUUGUCAUUAGUACCAGUGCUUACCGGGUAGCUCUGUUACUGAAAUACUGUGGUAAAGUGUAUUAUAUUCUUGUUUUAACUGUAAAUAGUAUGACGCUCCUUAUACUUUCAUACAGUUGUAUCGAUGUGGAAACCUUUGCACGCCUUAAGGGUCUCUCACAAAUGUGAACUGAACCAGUUUUUAAAAAAUGCAUUGUUGCCAUGUAGCUGCGGAUGGUUUUAUAAAUUUGUAUGAAAAGAUGAAAGCAAGCACCUUCAAAGCCUAUUGAACAAAGCAAGCAGAAGUCUGUAGAUAAUACGUGUUUAGAAAAACCCAAAUAACAUUGUAACAUGCAACUGCCAUCUCUGAAAUGCAGACUGCUCAACUUCCAGGGUGUACUGUACCUGUAAGAAGUGUCGGCUGUCAGAAGAGGCUCUUUGGCCCUUUCUAGCACACCAUUUGCCCCGGUGCAUUACAUCGAAUGAGCCCCAAUGUUUUAGCUUUAGCUAAAAUGUAUGCAAUAACACUCACAGUAUGAAUUACUGCAGAGAAAAAAAAAACAGAUUCAAAUAAGUAGGCAUACCAGUUCCUGAUGUAAACAAGUUGCUCAUUGGGAAGUUGCGAAUUCGAGUCAGACUGGUAGGACAGCAUAAGGUGACACGCAGAGACAGCUUGAAUGUAAUGGGGACUUAUUUUUUUAAAGAAUACUACAAAUGUGGAAAUGUGACCCCAUUUGCUGGGGGUUCACAGUAGAUAAUUAAAAAGGCCUAACCCUUAUGCAAAAAGAUGUUAUUUCAGCUUGAGAUGUGAACAUAAUGUAUGCAUUUUUUCAGUGUAGCAUCCACACCACUAUGUCAAUGGAUUUGCACUGUGACAAUAUGAAGGAGAAGCAUCGCGUUAGUAUUAACAAUUGAACCACUAAGUUGUUGGGAUCACAGGCUGUCACUAUCUGUCCUCAUCAGCUUUCUUAUUGGUCUUCUGUACAGCUUGAUUAAGCACUUGUAUUAUUAUGUGUAUAUUUAGCAGACGCCUUUAUCCAAGGCGACUUACAGAGACUAGGGUGUGUGAACUAUGCAUCAGCUGCAGAGUCACUUACAUCUACGUCUCACCUGAUAGAUGGAGCACAAGGAGGUUAAGUGACUUGCUCAAGGUCACACAAUGAGUCAGUGGCUGAGAUGGGAUUUGAACCGGGGACCUCCUGGUUACAAGCCCUUUUCUUUAACCACUGGACCACACAGCCUCCUAUAUACUUGUAAAAAUAACACUCCUUUAUUGAUGACUAACCCUGGAUUAAAAGACAUGAUUGAGGAAUUUAUUUUAUUUUAUUAUUGUUCUAUAACUUGUAAGAUAGCAAUUCUGUGUUUUUGUCUGGUGUUGGGGGAGUUUUACAGUUUUCUGUUAUAGUGAAACCUGAAUUAACAGGUUGCCAAAAUUACUGAACAUGUGUGGUUGUUUAUUCAAGGUGCCUCUAUCAUUAACAAAAUGUUUUCUUGGCUUUACCAACUAGUGAGAACAGAUCAGAUUAGUUCAGAGUUUUUACAUAUAUAUAAUUUUUUUUUUUUUUAAUUAAAAUGAGUAAUUUCUUUAAAAAAGCUAGUUUUUGAACCCAUUGUAAUAUUACAAAUCAGUGAUUAAAAUUAAACAUGAUAUUGUGUCAGUCUAAAAUGGUAUACAUGCGGUGUACACAUCUUAACAACUUGCCGGAGGAAAUGCUAGGCAUUUAGUGAAACGAGCCUCUACUGAAUCAUUUCAUAGCCUGACUUUCAGGAUAUGCAACUGUAGCACUUACUUUUUCAUAAAUGUGAGGACCAAAUGAAGUUCUCAGCAGUCUUAUAUUAAUCUCAAUUAUAAUUUACACGGGGUGCUUUUAAUGUUUCAUUGGUCUUUUACUGUGUUUUUAUGUAGAAAUGUACAAUGUUUAGGGACCACUUACUGAUUGUAAAUGUAUGUGUCUGUGAUAUGGCACUUUUUCACUUGUAUUUUUUCUGUAAAAUAAAACCAUGAUUCCUUUGAUGAAA